AUGCGAGGGGAGGAGGAGCUGCGAGAGAAGCGAGAGCGACACCUGAAGGUGGUCGAGGUGGAUGAGGUGGCGGGAAGGGAGGGCGCGAGCGCGGCGACGAGCGACGGGUUGCGGAGAGACUUGGAGCGGUGGUCGCGCGUGGUCGCGGCGGCGAUGCUCGACGGUUCGGGAAGCGAAUUCUCGCGAGUUAAGGCGGCGGUGAUGUCGCUGUUGUUUGAGCGUCCGUUGUCGGAGAACGCGAUCCGGGAUUGCGUGGCCAAAGGGUUCGCGUUGGCGUGCAAACCGCCGCCGAAUCAGCGCGUGGUGCGAGAGACCAUCAAGCACGUGGCGCAGCUGCGGCCUCCGGGUCGGUACGAGUUAGUCGAUGGAAAGAGACGGGACGCACAAAAGUCCCACGCUCAGCUCACGGCGGCGGCGAAACAUAUCAAGCUGCCGAAGAAGGAAAAAGCGGCGGCGGCGCCGCCGUGCGCGCCGUCGCAGCCGACUUCGACGCAGGCGACGAACGGGACCUCGGUGCCGACGCCACCGCUUCAAGAACCGCCUCGCGUCCUUCGCAACGGCAUCACCGUGGACUUAGGUGACCGAUCGCCGAGCAUAGAUUUAGACCCCCACGCCCACGUCUUCGCGCGUCGGCCCCCGGCGAAGACGCGGGAAAUCGCUCCUCGCGCCGCGGGCGACGACGACGACGACUGGCGGCACCUCACACCAUCCCCGACCGUCGACGUCAUCGAAUCCCACGACGAAUGCGAAGCCCUCAAGGCGACGUACGACACCAAGUACGACACCUACGUCUCCCUCCACGCCCGGCUCGCCGCCAACGCGGACGAGUACGAGGCGCUUCGCCGCGGCGACGACGCCGCCGCCCUUCUCCCUCGUUUCGCCUCGCUCCGUCGCGAGCGUUACGCCGCCAUGCGCGACGUCUUCGACGGUUUACACGACGAGCUCCUGCGCAUCCGCGUCGCCAUCGACGCCUUCGCGUCCGUCUAA